AUGACUACCAUGACUACCAUGAAUACAGACUCCAACCAACCACGCCCGGGGAUCCCGGCCUUGUUCACGCAGCCGCCGCCCAUCCGCGACCCGCUCAUCACCGAGACAGUUGAUCUGCAGAACGCGACGGUGGAAAAAUGCUUACCAUUCCUGAAAGGCAUCCAUAGUUCUCAGAAGGAUUUCAACGACCAUGGUGUACCCGCUCUUCAACGUGAUCUCCACACUGGGUUCCUCUACGAUGCCCUCGAGGAUUAUCCUGAGGGGUUCGUCGCCAUGGACGCUAGCCGCCCGUGGAUUCUGUACUGGGCGUUGGCGGGACUCGCCAUGCUGAAAGAAGAGACGACUCGAUUUCGUGAACGUGUGAUCGCUACCCUUCGGCCGAUGCAGAACCCCACAGGUGGCUUUGGCGGCGGCCACGGCCAGACAUCCCAUAUAGCGGGAAGUUAUGCAGCUGUUCUGUCGCUGGCUAUGGUUGGAGGCGAGGUGGCCUUUGGAUUGGUGGAUCGACACGCGAUGUGGCAAUGGAUCGGCCGAUUAAAGCAGCCAGAUGGGGGAUUCCGUGUUUGUGAGGGCGGGGAGGAAGAUGUGCGUGGCGCAUACUGCGCUAUGACUCUCAUUUCGCUACUUGACCUGCCACUGACGCUUGCUCCGGGCUCUCAAGCGCGGGAGGCAGGAUUGGAGAGUCUGACGAGUGGUCUUCCUGAAUAUCUCUCACGAUGCCAAACCUUUGAAGGAGGUAUCUCCGGCAGCCCUGGGUCAGAGGCCCAUGGGGCAUACGCCUUUUGCGCUCUGGCAUGUCUGUCUAUCUUGGGACCCCCUGAGGAGAUCUUCAACAGACACAUGGACAUCCCCAUGUUAGUGUCAUGGUUGUCUGCACGCCAGUCCGCCCCAGAGGGUGGUCUUUCCGGACGAACAAAUAAGCUGGUAGAUGGAUGCUACAGCCAUUGGGUUGGUGGAUGCUGGCCAUUGCUUGAAUCUUCUCUGGAGGGAAAGCCGGAUAACACCGAGCCACCCACCAACAGUCUAUUCAGCCGCGAAGGUUUAAUCCGAUACAUCCUUGGAUGUUGUCAAGGGAACGAUGGUGGUCUUCGUGACAAACCGGGCAAGAUUGAGCGCGACUCAAAACCAUCAUUACCGGACAGACUCGAGUGUCACAAGCAACAACUUCUCAUCCUCAUUUUCCUGGAAAUCUUCACCGAACCGUGA